AUGGGGGUCAAAAAGAGAUUCAAGUUUGGAGCUUUUUACCAACAAUUCACUACCAGCUUGAGCAAUCCUUGGAGUAAUCUUUGUAAGUAUAGCCCUGCUAGGCCUUGUGCAAACUUUAUUUUUUGGCUCCUUUGUCACAAGAAGUUGGCCACGAAGAGUAGACUGUACAUAUUUGGCUUCAUCACUGACAUUAAGUGUAAUUUUUGUGAUGAAGAGAAAACAUACAAUCAUCUGUUCUUUGACUGUAUUGGUACUAGGAGAAUUUGGCUGGUUGUUUUAGAAUGGCUUCAGAUUUCUCAUAGGCCCAAUCAUUGGGAUGAAGAGCUUCCCUGGAUCAUUAAGAUGGGCAAGGGUAAAGGUUGGAGAGCUAAGUUUUUCAAAUUAGCCAUUAUGGAGACUGUUUAUGGUACUUGGAAUCAUAGGAAUCGUAUUGCAUUUGGGAAGGCUAGUGAUCACACUCAAGUUAUUGAUGGGAUAAUUGAAAAAAUAACAUAUAGGGGUUGGUUUUGUAAAGAUUUAAAAAAUCACAUAGCAUCUCUUAUGGUCAAUUAG